GUUGAAAUCUAGACACUGGCCACUGCCAGCAGGGCAACAUUUCUCAAAAGGGAUCAACUAACAAGCCUUUAAAAGGAACCUUUUGUUCUCAAUCAGUUUGAGAUCUUCCACUUUAAAAUGUCGGACUGUGAUAAAACUGACGCAAGACCUGAGGAAUCUAUGCAUGCUUAUCACUCUGUGUGGAUGGCUCAUUGGAAGCAAACAAGCUGUGAGUCAGCAUCAGGGGUUGAUAAACAUUUUUCAUUUGAUGAUGAGAAAAAGAAAGAUGGUCAUGAUAAUAAGCAGGCAUCCGUGCUGGUUCGAGCUGAUGAACCUAGAAAGGACACUAGAUUGGAUGUAAUAAAGGCCAGUCCAAGUAACUUCUCUAAGCAUGGUAGUGCAUGGAGAUGUCCGGGGGGCUUGCAGAUAGAAUCUGAUGGUCCCCAGUCUGCCAAAGUUGGAGCAUUAACUGAAACUGAAAGAGUUAAAAUGAGGAAUGAGGCAUUGUCAAUGAAGUCAUUAAACUUCAGCAAUGUCGGAAAAUGGCAAUCCUUUCCAGUGUCUAACUUUGAUGAAAGGAAAAAGAGUAUUUUGACUUCUAAGAACGACUUAUCUUUCAAUGGAAGACAUCAACCAAUAUCUCAGAUUGAUGACAGGUCUGAAUUUGGUACAAAUUCUGUGCAUGAGAAUGAGGCUCACCUUUCUUUGAGAGUGCUUGCAUCAGCUCCAACUGGAGUAAAAUGUUUAUGGAGAGCACAUCAUCCUGCUGAAGGUGUGUCACAAAGUUCCGGCGAUCUGGUGACACCUUAUGAAUCUCCGGAGAAGAAAAACUUCCCUGUUUCAAGGACUUUGCAGGAAAAUCAUACAGCCUCAAUUUCUAAUUUUCUGCUGUAUGGGUUUGAGACCCGAGGAUUACCGAUACAGUCUUAUGAGGGCAGAAACAGGAAAAAUAAUCCUCUAACAUCAAAUGAAUGUAUCACAAAGUCCAAUUGUGCCACUAGAGAACAUGCUACAUAUUCUGGAAGCUCCCCCCUGGAGGAGAAUUGUGAGAGUCAGCAACUACGUGAUCCUUCAACCAGUGAAGUGAGAUUCCCAAUUUUUAUUGGCAAACAAGGUAAAAGGUGUAACUUUCCUGGUUCUGAGUUUUUACCAAGCCACAGCUGUCCUCCAGCGGUCACCAAAUCAGAAGAGCUGAAUUAUGGUAGUCAUUCACUGAGAAGAUGGACAACUGGGAAUUCUGCGGAGGCCCUGCCGCAAAGACCUCCAAAGGUUUCUCAGGCAAAUAAUCAUUUACUGUUGUCUGAGGGUUGCAAAAUGCUCAGAGAAUCAACAGUAUCAACCGAACACAAAGGAAAUGCAUUUUAUGAAUUGCUGACCUUGCCUCCUGAUUUUCGUCAUGAUACUAACCUAGGAGCUAAGCUGCAAUCUCAAAGGAACUCUGGAGCAACUGAUGUAACAGGUGAUGUUUGGAAUGCCAAGCCAAGUUCAGAAGGUUUAAAGAAUGAAUUAUCGGCUGAAGCUGAUGCCAUGACUGUUGAUGUUUUUCAGGCAAACAACUUGCUUCCAGGUGCAGCUUCGUAUCUGUCAAAAAAGGAUGUAUGCCGAAGAAAUGCAGAACUUCAAGCAACAAUGAAUUUACUGAGAAAAAAGGUUGAAAAAGGAAAAGCAGUGGUUGAUUUACCAGAUAUGAACCAAGAGCCACCUGCUUCAGCCAAAGGAGAUGGUAUGGGUGACGGGAAGUUGAGCUCGUCAAGAACUGAGAGUUUGGAGGCAGAGCACCUCCUUUCCCUCGGUAAGCAGCCUGGUAGUUCAACCUUCAGUCCUCAUCAAGACAGCCACCAAUGCCUCGAGCCAGACAGAAGACGGGUUAAGAGUAUCAAGCUAAAUGCCUCUGAUUCUCUUCCCCAUGGUACCAAGUAUUUGAAAAUGGGUGAAGCAUCCACAAGUGGAAAAGCAAAUAACAGCAAAAUUAUGAAUGACAGCACUAGCAUCUCACAGGACAUGAUGGUUAAAAAUUUUGGAAAGGGGAAGAUGAACAGUAAGACGUUUGAGGAAUGUUCAGAUCUUACAUACUCUUGGAUUCGGAGAUGGUGCCAUAAUAAGACAGCAGCACAACUGGUGAAGCGAGGCGGAAAUCAGGUUUGUGAGCCUCAAAGCUCCAAGGCAGCUUUAUAUGAACUUGAAAAGAAGCAAUUCCCAAGCAUUGGUGCAAUGGCAUUGAUGGGGAAAGCUAUGAAUGGUUACCGGCCAUGUGUCUUCAGGAGAAAGGGUCCAUUGGUAGUUUGGAAUACUUGA